UUCUGAUGCAUGGUCGGUUAUUGCCACUAGGACAUUGUGUACUGCUAUAUAAGCUGCAAAAUGCAUUAAGUUUCUAACCAGUGCUAGCUAUAUUUACAAAACAAGCUUAGUAUUACACACAGAGAUAUAGAGAUUUGAUUUUGUAGUUGUUUUGCCCUAAUGGGGAGACUUGUGUUUGUGGUUUUCCCACUAAUAGUAGCUUUUGCAAUGUUGAGCCUGUGUCAUGGGAUGGCAGCAGCAGCAGCACCUCCAAAACCAAAGUUGCAAUGGCAUUACUAUCAGGUUCACAAUACAUGCCGCGACGCAGAGCAGUAUGUCCGACACGAAGUGAAGAUGUUUUGGAAAAGUGACAAAAGCAUUACAGCUAAAUUACUACGCUUGAUUUCCUCUGACUGUUUUGUCACCGGCUGUGAUGCAUCAAUACUGCUUGAUGAAGGACCGAAACCAGAAAAAACUGCACUGCAGAACCGGGGGCUUGGAGGAUUUGUAAUAAUUGACAAGAUCAAAACUGUUCUAGAAUCACGAUGCCCUGGAAUUGUCUCCUGCUCUGAUAUACUCCAUCUCGCCACCAGGGAUGCUGCUAAAAUGGCAGGUGCACCAGGUUAUCCAGUUUUCACAGGAAGAAAGGAUGGCAUGAAAUCAGAUGCUGCGUUAGUAGACCUGCCAUCACCAUCCAUCUCAUGGCAGAAAGCUCUAGAAUAUUUUGAAUCGAGGGGAUUGGACGUACUAGAUAUGGCAACACUCUUAGGAGCACACACAAUGGGCCGAACACAUUGUAGCCACAUUGUUGAUAGGCUGUAUAAUUACAGUGGUACUGGAAAUCCAGACCCAAGCAUGGACGCUACUUUUCGAGACACAAUGAGAGGACUUUGUCCCCCCAAAACAAAGAAAGGACAACAUGACCCACUGGUAUUCCUUAACCCAAAUUCUGGAUCAAAUUACACCUUCAGAGAAUCAUACUACAAAAGGAUCCUACACCGUGAAGCUGUCCUGGGAGUCGAUCAACAAUUACUAUUUGGCGAUGCCACCAAAGAGAUCACCGAUGAAUUUGCUGAUGCUGCUGGAUUAGAAGAUUUUAGGAGAUCUUUUGCUCAAUCAAUGUUCAAAAUGGGAAAUAUCAAAAUUUUAACAGGAAAUCAAGGAGAGAUACGCCGGAAUUGUCGAUUCACAAAUAAGUGAAACCCAAAUUUGCAGCAGGAGAAAUUGGGUGUUUAGUGUGGAUUCAGAUCUGCCCAGUUUAAACAUAAUUGUCUGUGUUCUGAAGGUAAAAAAUAAUACAUGAAUAAGGGACAAGAACGUCUCCUCUUUUGUUCUUUGUAAGAUCCAACAAUUUAAGAAAACACAAAAAAUUUUAGUAUGUAUAAA